GUCUUCAGCAUGAGCUGGGCGUCCGACUCACAGCAGCAGUCCAGGGGCAGAAAGGGAAAAAGUGAAGGCAAGCUCUCACCUGCAAUCUGACAACUUUCCCAUGUGAUCAUCAGUGAGACAAUAUAAAUACACUUUCCUGUCCAGAAAAGAAAACAAGAAAACAGAAUUUCCUAUCUCUGUCUGCUUGUAAAAUUAAAAAGUUUUUUGAGAGCUCCUUAUUAAGAACGAAAGUCUCUGCAGGUGUGAAACAGAUUCUGAUUCUUAAGAAACAUGACAACUCAAAUAGAUACGAGCAUACAUUACAACUAUGAGUAUGAAGAAGAUGAAUAUAUGAACCAAGAAGAUGAAUGGGACAGGGACCUGCUUCUGGACCCUGCAUGGGAGAAACAACAAAGGAAGACAUUUACAGCCUGGUGUAACUCCCACCUACGGAAAGCAGGCACACAGAUUGAGAAUAUCGAAGAGGAUUUCAGGAAUGGCCUUAAACUGAUGCUGCUCUUGGAAGUCAUUUCAGGGGAAAGACUUCCGAAACCAGACAGAGGAAAGAUGCGUUUUCAUAAAAUUGCAAAUGUCAACAAAGCCUUGGAUUUUAUUGCCAGCAAAGGUGUCAAACUUGUCUCAAUUGGUGCAGAAGAAAUUGUUGAUGGCAAUGUGAAAAUGACCCUAGGUAUGAUCUGGACUAUCAUCCUUCGCUUUGCUAUUCAAGAUAUUUCAGUAGAAGAAACAUCUGCUAAAGAAGGGCUGCUGCUGUGGUGCCAGAGGAAAACAGCUCCCUACAGAAAUGUGAACAUUCAAAACUUCCAUCUUAGCUGGAAAGACGGGCUUGCCCUCUGUGCACUUAUCCAUAGACAUCGACCUGAUCUUAUCGACUACUCCAAGCUAUCUAAGGAUGACCCACUAGGUAAUAUAAACCUUGCCAUGGAUAUUGCUGAAAAACAUUUGGAUAUCCCAAAGAUGUUGGAUGCAGAAGAUAUUGUGAACACUCCCAAGCCAGAUGAGAGAGCUAUCAUGACUUAUGUUUCCUGCUUCUACCAUGCUUUUGCGGGAGCAGAGCAGGCGGAAACGGCAGCUAAUCGGAUUUGUAAGGUUCUUGCUGUGAACCAAGAAAAUGAGAAGUUGAUGGAAGAAUAUGAAAGGCUAGCAAGUGAGCUUUUGGAAUGGAUUCGUCGCACAACUCCUUGGUUGGAAAAUAGGACUCCAGAGAGGACUAUGUCAGCUAUGCAGAAGAAGUUAGAGGACUUCAGAGAUUAUCGCCGUAAACACAAGCCUCCCAAGGUCCAAGAAAAAUGCCAGCUGGAAAUCAAUUUCAAUACACUACAGACAAAGUUGAGGAUCAGCAACAGGCCAGCUUUCAUGCCAUCAGAGGGAAAGAUGGUUUCGGAUAUUGCCAGUGCCUGGCAAAGACUUGAACAAGCAGAAAAGGGUUAUGAGGAAUGGUUGCUGAAUGAAAUACGAAGGCUUGAACGACUUGAACACCUGGCUGAGAAAUUUAGGCAAAAGGUUUCAUCACAUGAAACCUGGGCAUAUGGCAAAGAGCAGAUUCUGCAGCAGAAGGAUUAUGAAUCUGCCUCUCUGACAGAGAUCCGUGCUUUGUUGAGGAAACAUGAAGCUUUUGAGAGCGACUUGGCUGCUCACCAGGACAGGGUGGAACAGAUCGCUGCCAUUGCCCAGGAGCUGAAUGAACUGGACUACCAUGAUGCUGCAAGUGUCAAUGAUCGAUGCCAGAAGAUGUGUGAUCAGUGGGAUAGGCUGGGAACACUCACUCAGAAAAGGAGAGAAGCCUUGGAGAGAACGGAGAAACUGUUGGAAACAAUUGACCAGCUUCACCUGGAAUUUGCCAAGAGAGCUGCUCCAUUCAACAACUGGCUGGAAGGUGCAAUGGAGGACUUACAGGAUAUGUUUAUUGUUCACAGUAUAGAAGAGAUCCAGAGUUUAAUCACUGCUCAUGAGCAGUUUAAGGCCACCUUACCUGAAGCAGAUGGUGAAAGGCAAGCCAUCCUAUCCAUCCAUAAUGAAGUUGAAAAAGUGAUUCAGAGUUACAACCUCAGAAUAAGUUCCACUAAUCCUUACAGUACAGUCACUUUGGAUGAGAUCCGUACCAAAUGGGAUAAGGUAAAACAACUUGUGCCUGUAAGGGAUCAAUCAUUACAGGAGGAGCUGGCCCGCCAACAUGCUAAUGAACGCCUGCGCCGCCAAUAUGCUGCUCAGGCCAAUGUCAUUGGGCCCUGGAUCCAAAGCAAGAUGGAGGAAAUUGCCCGGAGCUCUGUUGAAAUAUCAGGGCCAUUAGAAGACCAGAUGAAUCAGCUGAAGCAGUAUGAGCACAAUAUCAUCAACUACAAGAUCAAUAUUGACAAACUGGAAGGAGACCAUCAACUGAUACAAGAAGCCCUGGUGUUCGAUAAUAAGCAUACCAAUUAUACAAUGGAGCAUAUCCGUGUGGGAUGGGAGCUGUUGCUGACUACCAUUGCCCGAACUAUCAAUGAAGUUGAAAAUCAGAUCCUUACAAGAGAUGCCAAAGGAAUCACCCAGCAACAAAUGAAUGACUUUAGAGCGUCAUUUAAUCAUUUUGACAGGAAGAAGAAUGGGCUUAUGGACCAUGAUGAUUUCAGAGCCUGCUUAAUCUCAAUGGGUUAUGAUUUGGGUGAAGUAGAGUUUGCCCGAAUCAUGUCGUUAGUGGAUCCCAAUGGUCAGGGAACCAUUUCCUUCCAAUCUUUUAUUGACUUUAUGACCAGAGAGACUGCAGACACAGACACUGCUGAACAAGUUAUCGCUUCUUUCAGGAUCCUAGCUUCAGAUAAGCCUUACAUCCUUGCUGAUGAGUUGCUGAGAGAACUACCACCCGAACAAGCUCAGUACUGCAUCAAAAGAAUGCCAGCCUACAAGGGUCCCGGUUCUGUUCCUGGAGCUCUGGAUUAUACCUCAUUUUCAUCAGCAUUGUAUGGGGAAAGUGAUCUGUAACUGGUUAUGGUCACUGUAGGCAAUUCUAAUUGAAUAAAAUACUAUUUUUCAGUUUGCUCCUCAAAAACUUGGGCAAGCUGAAUUCAAAAUACGUUUCUCAAGUUUAGCAGGAUCAUUCAGUAAAUAACUAUAUCAUAUAAAGUGUGCGGCAUUGAUAGGUUUUUAUGCUGUUGUAUUUAUGUUGUCAGCCUUACACAAUUACAGACUGCAUUUGCCCAAUGCCUUACCUACCUGAUUGCAUUCUAAAGGAAAAGCAAACCCAUAGAAAAGAAUUCUCUCACUGUUGAGUUAGGAAGCCUCAGGAAAAAUGAAAUACCAAAACCUUUUGACAAUCAAAUCCAUUAGCCAUUACAUUAAUGAAAUGUUUUAUUUAAGAAUUCUUCAUGCUUUAUGUGUCUUCUGCAGUUUCCCUCCAGGUGUCUGCUUUUUGCUUUCAUGCCAAGGUAAUACAUUCAUGUAAAGAUAUCAGAUUCUAUAUGCUUCUGCAGGUGUAGUCGAUUAUACCACUGGGGGAAGUAAAGGAAAUUAUUCAAACCAAACAUUUAACACAAGUGAUAUGAAGCUCGAUUUUAUUUUAUUUUUAAUAUGAAACUCUAUUUUAAAUCUUUUUGUUGACAUAAAAGACAUAGAAUUUCAGAAGUUUGUUGUCAUCAGGCUGAUAGUAAGUUCUAACCAUAGCAAUAUCUGGCUUUUAACUUGGCAGCUGAAAGGGCACAACAUUUCAUAGGAUAUCAUAAGGAAACUCUGUAUUAAAGAGUUUGCUUUCUGCUGUGUUCAGUGCUCUGCUGUAUUUGCUCUUGAUUAAUGCUGAAUGUCAGUUUUAGUCUGUAUGGUAGUUUGUAUGGUUCUUUAUUGUUGACUAUCUUCAUCUUGACAGCCUAUAGAGCAAUAACCUUUUUUACUUGAAGCCUAACCAUCACAGGAAAAACAACAACGCAAUGCAAAUAAAUAGAAAUAUUCACAAAUGGUAAAUUAAAGCUGUACAACCUGGUAUUAUUAAAAAUGUGCCUACUAAAUAAAGUCUGCUUUUCAAGCCUUA